UUGUAUUACAAUCGAAAGCAGUAUAUUUCUCGCUCCCUAUAAACAUCCACACUGCUUGGCGGCUUCAACACAAUUUUUUGGCAGCAAAUAAACAAUACAAAUAUUCUAUAAAAAUGCACCAAGAACCCGAAGAACAAUCCUUUCAACUGCAGGCCCUGGAAAUACGCGAACCAGAUGCCAAUUUCGAUCCACAAAAGCCGCCCGAGUCCGGGGAAGAGUACCUAAUGCACAUGGCCUACGAAAGGAAGCGCUGCCCGGCUGUUGUGACCAAAAGAUCUACAAAAAUCAAGGAUAAUAUAGGAAACAAUACCCUACAGAUGAUGGAGAAUCCCGCUCUGCCCCCUUUUAGAUGCCUGCUGCCCACACCGGAAUGGCGCGAGCAACAGGUAAAAUCCUUUCAAGAAGCCCGUUCCCAGGUGCACAUGCUACGCAAGGAGCUGGCCCAGAACAACUAUGAUCAAUCGGCCGAGCCACCGCUAACCUCGGACCAGGAAAAGUGGCGGGAAUUCUGCCGCCUUAAGCAGCCUCUACUCAGCAUUAUAUUGCAUUUAACCCAAAACGAUUUGGAGCACCUGCUGGAAAUGCAGAGCAAAUGGCUGCAAGCGGAGCAGGUAGAUCUUCUCCAGGAUGUCUGGCUAGCCCGCUGGCUAUAUGCCACCUUGGUGUGCCUGCAUCUGCCACUGGAACCUUAUGUCUACAGCACCAUGCGUUACAUAGCCCGCACCUGCAUCCAUCUUCGGAAUCAAUUGAAGGAAGAUGAAGGGCAGCGAGCAGCGCCCUAUAAUCUAAUACUAACACUUAUACAUGAUGUCUUUGCACAGAUGGAUUUUAAGGAAUAUAUUUAAGGUUCUCAUGAGA